GGCCGGCGCAGGGGGGGCGGGAUAUCGAAGGCGCCGACGUCGGGCGAGACAUGCGCAAGCCCUCCACGCGGAUGAAGAGGACGGCGGCGUGGUCGGUCGGCGCAGAGCAAGGACAUUGGGUUCCUGCUCUGUAAUGUGAGCGGUGUAGGCCACCAAAGGGGGACAUGUUUGGAUUCCUGUUUUUUUCCCCCAUGACACGAAUUUACAUCGUCACCACCACAUUCAGCUCAUUUACACAAGGCAAGAGAAAGAAAAAGGUGGAUUUUGGGCUCUCAUUUUCUAUUUUGCUUUUACUAUGAUCUUGGUACACAAUUCUUGUUGAUUGCAUAUGGCAAAGGCGUUUUUCUGGAAAGCCAUAUGGUAUGGUAGUAGAACAGGGAGGGAGUUGAUCUGGCCUUUUUUUUUUUUAUCCUUUCUUUUUUUUUUUUUCUUCUUAACGCCUCACUUAACUGCCGGCAAAGAUCAGGCGCCUGUGAAAGCAAGAUGCUGGGCAUUUUGGGCUGGCCUAACCUAGGGACGCAGCAAUGCUUUGCUCCGGGUGUGGUUAUUUUUGUCUCAAAGACGGUUGAAAUCGGGAACUGCUUAGCGCCCAGUCUGUGACUGUCCUGGCUGCAAGCUUACUCUCUAGUUUGAUGCAAAUAGAAUGAUUUCCUCUCAUGCAUGCCUACUUGUCCUCUUGAUAUCUUGCCAUGUGUCACUUCGCCUCUGGACGUCUAUGCAGGCCCUCCUGGUGGGCAGCUGCCCGUAUUCACAGGAUAAGGAGAUGCAGGGAGAGAGAGAGAGAUGAAAAAAGGAAGAGGGGGUAUGGGGAGAAGGGGGCUUUCGUCUAGAGAAGCAUGAAAGCGAAAGCCUGGAUUAUGCAGGCCCGGCAGAUGAAAACUCGGUGUGGCCUGCUUCUCUCAGCAAGCGAUGGGCGUUUGUUUUUGGCGUACUUGGAUGUCUCGAGGAGGAGAAGGGGGACACAUACAUGCCGGUGUCGUAUCUUGGGUGUCUACCUACGCAGCUUGACCGCAACUCUUCUGCUCGUGUACUACCAUGUGUCAAUGGUACGAGGCGAGUCCUUUUGGAUACAUGUGCUUGAUUCAACAAGACUUGAUUCCCUUUGCGUAAAAGGUACUAGUUUGGUGUAGGUGGUGUCGUGGUACUUUCUCCAUCCCUGC